CAGAUCAUAACUAAAAGUACUAUAAUAAUUUAUGUACUUUUUCAUCCGAGUUGCAAACGGAGAACUCAAAGAUUCUCCGCUUGCUUUUCUGGAAAGCUUCACGACUGGUGGCAACCUUUCUCUUUCUCUUCAAUUCUCAUGGAUUCGCGCCGAAGCGCACGAACUGUGAUCGACCCCAAAGUCCGCCAGGUGGGGUUUUUCACCCCGCAGCCGCCGCCGGAACGCCCGAACUCCUUCCCGCCGGAGCAGACCUCGCCGCCGCUGGCCGACAUGUCUCCUGCCAGCAAAACUCACUCCCCGGUCAUGAUUCCCCCGCCACGUCACGCCUCCGAUAGCCACUCCCUCCGGCGUCCAUCGGCCGGAGACGCCAUGCCGGUCGGCAGUUACAACCCGUCCGAGUCGCUUCUUGCCACUUCGCCUGGGCCGUCACCUUCUUCAAUUAAGUUCUGCGACGGAGAAUUCUCAGAGGACUCGUCGAACUGGAUUCACCGAAGCAAUUCGGGGAAAUUCGCGUCCUCUUUUCCCGGAGGCGGGUUCGAUUUAAAGGCAGCGAAGACGGGUAAUUUUGCAGAAGGUUUGGAGAAAAAGCCUCAGCCAGUGUCUGGCACAGAAAAGAGUGGAGCAGCCAGAGAAGCGCACAAUGAGACACCAUUGAGCUCAAAGCCCCUGAAAGAGAAAACCACAAAAGCUGAAAGGCGCGCCCUGCAGGAGUCUCAGCGAGCUGCAAAAGCUGCUGCGAAAGCUGAGGCAAAUAAAUCUGCUGCAUCCACUGGAGUGGCUCCAGUGUAUGAAAAAACUGGUAGAACUGUGAAGCAACCCUCACAAAAGAAAGAUGGUUCUCCUUUCACAUCUUCUGUUUCAACAUCUGACAGAAAAGGAGGUGACCGACCAACAGAAAAAGAUAGGAAGAAGGAAGUUCCUCCUCCACGCAUGCAAUUUGAUGAUAAGAACCGGGUUGAAAAGGCUAAAAGACGUGCGGUUGUCAAACAAAAGGAAGCUAGAAACAGAGUUGAAUUGUUUAGGCAUUUACCUCAAUAUGAACACGGAACUCAGCUCCCUGAUUUAGAGUCAAAGUUUUUCCAACUUAAUCCAAUGCAUCCUGCUGUUUACAAGGUUGGAUUGCAGUAUUUGGCGGGAGACUUAUUUGGGGGUAAUGCUCGUUGUGUUGCUAUGCUUCAAGCAUUUCAAGAAGCUAUUAAAGACUAUUCCACUCCACCAGAAAAAAAUCUGACCAGGGAUUUAACUGCAAAGAUCAGUAGUUUUGUUUCAUUUUUAAUUGAAUGCAGACCUCUUUCAAUCAGCAUGGGAAAUGCUAUCAGGUUUCUAAAAAGCCGUAUUGCCAAGUUACCUUUAAAUCUUUCUGAGUCAGAAGCCAAAGCUGCUCUUUGUUCAGAUAUUGAUCGUUUUAUUAAAGAGAAGAUAGUGAUUGCUGACAAUGUCAUAGUUCGACAUGCUGUUACAAAGGUCAGGGAUGGAGAUGUUCUCCUUACAUAUGGGUCAUCCUGUGUGAUUGAAAUGAUUAUGUUGUAUGCCCAUCAACUUGGUAAACGGUUCCAUGUUGUGGUGGUGGACUCGCGUCCAAAGCUUGAAGGCCAAGCAUUACUCCGUAGGCUGGUGGCAAACGGCCUGAGUUGUACAUAUACUCAUAUAAAUGCUGUAUCUUAUAUCAUGCAUGAAGUGACACGUGUAUUUCUUGGGGCUGCAUCUGUUUUGUCUAAUGGAACUGUGUACUCAAGAGUUGGGACUGCAUGUGUUGCUAUGGUUGCUCAUGCCUUCCAUGUUCCGGUAUUAAUUUGCUGUGAAGCAUAUAAAUUUCAUGAAAGGGUACAGCUUGAUUCAAUUUGCGCCAAUGAACUAGGUGAUCCAAAUGCAAUUUCAAAGGUUCCUGGAAGAAGGGGUGCGAGUCACUUGGAUAAUUGGGGUGACCAGGAAAAUCUGCAGCUUCUCAAUUUGACUUAUGAUGCCACUCCUUCAGAUUAUAUCUCUGUGAUUGUCACAGAUUAUGGCAUGGUCCCACCUACAAGCGUGCCUGUCAUUGUGCGAGAAUAUCGAAAAGAACAUUUGUGGAUAUAGAGAGUUCCACCAUUGAUCCCAUUUUUGGUUGAAAUGCAAGCCGUUUGCAGCUUAUUAUUAUUUUUGUUGUGUUAGAACUCAUCAUACAUGCCAGUGAUUGCACAGUUUUGGGAAGUACUUCAAAAUCUUUCAAAAGAAAUACGCCUCUGACCUCUUAACUAAUUUUUCAUUUGUAUUUAACUUACAAUUUUAGGGGAAGCAAAUUAACUAUGGAUUUUUGUUGAUGGAACCACUGUGAAGAGUGCGACUUUCUCGCCUCUCAGGGCAGUUUUGGAGUGUGUUGCUAUUCUCAUAAAUUAUUUGAGCUCAUAUCUGAUUUGGAACC